GGAGGAGGAGGAGGAAGAAGAAGGGUGUCGGGCGCGCAUGUCUCGCUGACCGGCGCUGAAGAGGAACUCCCCCACCCCCUUCACCUCCCGACCCCCCCCCCCCAGCCCAGCCCAACCCUGCUGGGCGCCCCCUCCUCGCGACGAGGAUUUGACACGCCGAAGCUGGAGAGCGAGAGACCCGCGCCUGCCCUUCCUCCCACAGAAUCUAAGAUGUCCACUGAGGGGCAAAGAGUUGACGAUAGUCCAAGCACUAGUGGAGGCAGCUCUGAUGGAGAUCAGCGGGAAGGUGUUCAACAAGACCAAGAAAGAGAACAGGUUCAGCCCAAGAAAAAGGAGGGCAAAAUAUCUAGCAAAACAGCUGCUAAACUUUCAACUAGUGCUAAAAGAAUUCAGAAAGAACUUGCAGAAAUUACAUUAGACCCUCCUCCAAACUGUAGUGCUGGACCUAAGGGAGACAACAUUUAUGAAUGGAGAUCAACUAUACUUGGGCCUCCAGGUUCUGUGUAUGAGGGAGGAGUUUUUUUCCUUGAUAUUACCUUCUCACCAGACUAUCCCUUUAAACCACCUAAGGUCACAUUCCGGACAAGAAUUUAUCAUUGUAAUAUUAACAGUCAAGGUGUGAUUUGCUUGGAUAUUUUAAAAGACAACUGGAGUCCAGCAUUAACCAUAUCUAAAGUCCUUCUUUCCAUCUGCUCACUUCUUACAGACUGCAACCCUGCUGACCCCCUCGUUGGAAGUAUUGCUACUCAGUAUAUGACAAACAGAGCAGAGCAUGACAGAAUGGCCAGACAGUGGACCAAGAGAUACGCUACAUAGGAAUCUGCUGUGGAACAUGCUGGACCUGUGCAAGCACAUUCACCAAGUGCAUCAAUAGCCCUCCCCUUCUUAUUUUUAUUACGUUUGGAAGCAUUUUGUGACAAAGUUGAUUGCCCUUUUCCCUCCCCCCUUUAUUUUUAUUCUUUUAUUUUAUUUUAUUUUUCUGUUCAACUUGAAAACUGUAUCUUUAAAAUAUAGAUUGGGAAUUUGGGGUUACAGUGCAAGGAAUGUUGGAGCUGUAAUAGUAUAGAGCUUUGUCACAAAGCUUUGUAUUAAUGUAUUUUUUUUUCUUUGUUGUGUCUUUGGGGAAAAAAACCAAGCAAACAAACUCAGAACUAUAUAUUGUUUCUACUUAAAUGUAGUGUUUAGGGUUAUUUUUUUGUACGGAAGUCUUUAAUGGUGGGUGCAUGUUACUGGGAACCGGUUUUGUAUUAAAAAAAAAAGCAUAAAACUUAAGAAUCACUGUGCAUUACUAAGACUGUGUUUUAACACCAGCCUGCUCUUUUCCCAAACACUAGGCUGCUGGGUUGAACCAGAUGAUACGUAUUUUGAUUUUACUUAAAAGAAAAGUGCUUGUAAAUUUCUUAGGGACCUGCCACUUUUGACUGUGGAUCAGUUGAUGUACACUUGUAUUAUUAAAGCACUCAAUAAAAAAACAAAACACUGUGGCUGAUAACAUGCACUUCUUGUAACGUUCCUUGUGCAGUGGACCCAGGUCAGCUCCGCAUGUUUCUGAACUUGCAUAAAACUAAAGAAUCUACAGUU